AGGAAUGGACGUUAUUUACAACCUCUCGGGCUCUCGGGUCUGGCUGUGCAAUGUUUUGUUACCAAGUUUUGACUGAAUAGGUGGCAUUUUUUCUUUUUAAAUGUGUUACUGCCCUAAAAGAAAAAUAUCAAUUAAAAACAAGCAACUGGCACGUGGUAAAAGCACACAGUAUAUAUUAAUAACGCUAAUAACAUCGAUCCUCUCAGUUCAACGUCUAUGUGGUUGGUGCUGUUGGUACCUUGGUGAUAUGUGCUGUAAGAGUGGUGUGAAUGCAUAUCGUUUUUUAAAUACGUGUUUGUGUAGUUCAGUUUACAUACUGUGAUGAAACGCUUAUCGAACGAAAGAACGAAGUUGCUUUUCGAAAAACUUUCAAAAUAUAUAGGAGCGAAUGUUAAGCUUUUGAUUGAUCGACCGGAUGGCACAUAUUGCUUCAGGGAGAACAAAAAUAGAGUGUACUACGUUUCUGAGAAAAUAUUACUUCUUUCAACUAAUGUUCCACCAGACAAGUUGAUCACCGUAGGCACGUGUUUUGGAAAGUUCACGAAGACCGGAAAGUUCAGACUCCACAUUACAGCACUUACAUAUUUAGCCCCUUAUGCACAGUAUAAAAUUUGGCUGAAGCCUUCUGCAGAACAACAAUUUUUAUAUGGUCAUCAUGUACUGAAAUCUGGUUUAGGACGAAUAACAGAAAACACUCCAAAGUAUCAAGGUGUUAUUGUUGUGUCUAUGAAUGACUUGCCUCUGGGCUUUGGAGUAGCAGCCAAGACAACAGCUGAAUGUAAACAUGCAGAUCCCAUGUCAAUUGUAUGUUUUCAUCAAGCAGACAUAGGCGAAUAUAUUCGAUCAGAGGAUGCUCUGAUAUAAUCAGUUCUCUCUUGAGACAAAAUGGGCUUUUUAAUUCAUAUUUGUGAAUACAGCUUGCAUUUAAGAUAUAAAAACAUUUUACUUUUAUGCUGUUAUAUCAAUUAUAUGAUGACUGUGUGAAUAUACAGUUUUAUUCACUUUCCUUUUCAAGUGUAUUUACCAACACAUUUGACUUGUGUUUUGGAUGUAUCCAGUUUAAUCACAAAUGGUUAACAGCCUAUCUUGGUUUCAUCAGUAGUACUGCUUCCUACCUAGUUUCAUGUAAUUCAUCAUUAACAAAUACUUGCACCUCUUCAUGAUGAUCAAUCAAUUUUAGAUAUUUCAGACCCAUCUGGGUAAAACUUGGUCUUGCUCUACUGAAUAGUUGUGCUACCAUCACCCUUCAAACAAAAUUUGGACUUAAACUUUACAGGCAGAAUGAUUAAAUUUUGAAGCUACAACAGAGGCAGAGUUUGAAUAUGAGACAUUCCUAAUAAAACUAGUAUAAAUGGGAUAUGUAUGCAUAUUUCCAGAAUUACCUUUAAUAAAUGAUUGUUAUGGCCCAUCCCUUUUC